CAUUUUCGUUUGUGCGACACAUUUUAAUUUAACAAAUUUGUAGUGUUUGAGCGUCCGUAUGAAAAUAUAAUAAAACAGCUUAAGGAAUUAUGUCCAGCAAUACGGCGAGCGCGAUUGAGCGCGUCGUUGAAGUUACAGCUUGCACUGAAGAGGAGGCCAAACACUAUUUAGGAGCAUGUGCCAACGAUGUUGAGGCUGCCGUGGCCCUUUUCUUCAGUGGCGAUGGAGCUACCGAUGCCGUACCAUCUUCUAGCGCCGCUCCAGCCAUGCCAUCAUUGGAUCUGGAUGAUGACGUACGAGCACCAAUAGCGCCAGUUCGUGAGCAACUUAUAUUGCCCGAAGAUGACAAUUUCUUUGCGUCCGAUGAGCCACCCACAGGGUCUUCAGUAAGCAGUCGUUUGUCACGCGUAUCACAGCGCGUCAAAGUUUGUCCAUUACGGGAUUUUGCACGCGAAGGUGCCCUGAUGGAGGAACAACUACAGGCUUCAGGCCUCUACUCGGAUCCCACCGCACACAGACGCAGGAGAGAACGGUCAGCCCAAAUGGUGGUUGCCGGCCAGGCUAUGGGUUUGCACAGCCGCCCUAAUUUUGCGGCGUCCGCCACAUCUCGCCUUGGGGAUCUCUUUCGCCCACCCACAGACAUACUCUACUCAGGUACGCUGACAGCGGCCAGAGAUUACGCCACCAAGCGCUUGCGCUGGUUGCUGGUCAAUGUGCAGAGCGACAACUUUCAGUCACAGGUCAUGAAUCGCGACGUCUGGUCAAGUAAAGAAUUAAAAAAACUGGUGCGCCGCCAAUUCACACUCUGGCAGGUGGACAACGAUACUUCAGAGGGUCGGCGCUUCGUAGCGUUCUACCACUGCGCUAAAUUGCCGUAUCUGUGCGUUAUAGAUCCUCGCACCGGCGAGGAGAUGUGGCACAGUCCGCAGCCAAACCAGGACAACGUUCUACCCGAUCUGAAGCAAUUUCUUCGGGACCAUCGCGAUUUCGCCGUAGAGGAUGCGCCCAGUACCUCGAAACGCGCUGCAGCACAGCUGGAGGAGGAUGAGGACAACAAUGAAGUUGAAACCUCUUGUUCAUCCCCAGCCAGUUCACGAGGAACUCCCAAAAAGCGUUCAAAACUUCUGGAGCUAACAGAGGAGGAGCAAUUGGCGCUCGCUAUAAAAAAUUCCAUGAACGAAAAUGGAGAUGCAGGUGGAACCAGUCGGGCAAUUACUAUUAGUGUCGAUGACAAUGGUAGCGAUAGCGAAAGUCUCGAGGGAAUCGUCGAGGAAGAGGAGCAGGUGGAGAAAAAGCCGAUAUCUUAUGAGACCCAGUUGGGCAAUUGCAAGGAAGAGCUGACCGCCUUGAAGCUCCGCCUUUUUAAUGCCACAGGCAACGAUGAGGUCGUCCAACUGCGCUGGCCAUCGGACACGAAGCUACAAACAUUGCGCCAAUACAUAAGUCAAACGCACAAGCACAUACCCUUGGAUAACUACAAGCUCAUAUGUGCGUUUCCUCGCAAAUCCCUAGAAGCGGAGCACAACAAUGCCACUCUUAAGGAACUCGGCCUGCACCCUUCGGCCAACGUCCAUCUGACCUUGGACGAGUAAAGCUUUCUCCAUAUGUGUUGUAGUGUGUGUAGGUUGCCAGUGGACAAGCCUAUAUUAUUUAUUUAAACGUUUUGUCGGUUCUCCCGCAUUCACUUCUAAUAAUCCUUGCUACCGUAAAUUUAAGUGCUACUGUUGAAUAAAUUAUACUAAGCAACAGCCAAAAACAA